AUGGCCUUUCAAGUAGGAACUUCUUCCUCUUCUUCAUUGCCAUUAUCUCCUGUCAUCCCUUCACAGAAUCAUGAUAUAUUCCUAAGCUUUAGAGGUAAAGAUGUUCGCCACAAGUUUAUUGCUCAUCUAAACCGAGCUUUACGUCAAAGUGGAAUCAAGACUUACAUGGAUGGUGUCGACCUUGAGAGAGGAGAACAAAUUUCAUCAGAACUUUUUAAAGCUAUUGAAGAGUCAAGGAUUUCAAUCAUUGUACUUUCUAAAAACUAUGCAGAAUCCAAAUGGUGCUUGGAUGAGUUAUUGAAGAUUCUUGAGUGCAGGAAAACAUUCAAACAAACUGUUCUACCGAUAUUCUAUGAGAUAAAACCAUCAGACGUACGAGAUCAAAAAGGAAGCUUUGGAGAAGCAUUCACUAAACUUGGAAAGAAAAUCAAGGAUGACAUAAAGCUGCUAGAGUAUUGGAAGGAAGCUCUAGAAGAAGUAGCCAAAUUGUCCGGGUUGGAAUAUAUAGCGUUCGAGGAUGAUGAGUCAAAAUUUAUCCAAAACAUCAUUGGGUGGAUCAACUCAAAAAUAGUAAAGCAAACACCUCUAAGCGUUGCCAAAUAUCCAGUUGGGAUAGAGUAUCGUAAACAAGAUAUUUAUCAGCAUUUAAGUGUUGAAAGAAAUGAUAUUAUACGUAUUGUAGGGAUAUUCGGACCCGGUGGAAUUGGUAAGACGACUAUUUCAAAAGAUAUCUAUAACCAGAUUUCCUCUCAAUUUGAAGGAAGUUGUUUCUUGAGUAAUAUUAGAGAAAUUUCAGAACAAGCAGGAGGUUUGAUUCAGCUGCAAAAUACCCUUCUUGUUGAUAUUUUAGGAACAAGUUUGGAUGUUCGUGAUACUGAAAAAGGAAUGAAUAUGAUUAAGGACAGACUUUGUUCUAAAAGGGUUCUGCUAAUUCUUGAUGAUGUGGAUGAGUUGGUCCAAAUUGAAAAAUUAGUUGGAGAUUGCGGUUGGUUUGGUUUGGGAAGUAGAAUAAUCGUGACAACAAGAGAUCAACAAUUACUAAAAAUCUCGGAAGUUGAUUCAAUGUACGAGUUGAAGCCCUUGGAUGAAAAUGAAGCUCUUCGGCUCUUUAGCUUGCAUGCUUUCAAGGAAGAUGAACCAUCUUAUGAGUAUGUGGACCUCGCUAAACAAGUAAUACAAUAUGCUAAGGGCCUUCCAUUGGCUUUAGUAGUGCUAGGUUCAGAUCUAAAGGGUAAAAGUACAAAUCAAUGGAAGAGUGCAUUGGAUAAGUAUAAAACCAUUCCCCACAAAAAUAUUCAGAAAGUACUUUUAGUGAGUUAUGAAGGAUUAGAUAAUAAUGAGAAGGAAAUGUUUCUUGAUAUUGCCUUUUUCUUUGAGGGAGAACAUUUGGCUAAUAUCAUGAAAAUAUUUCACAGUUGUGAUUUUUUUCCUGAUGAUGGUAUUGACAGGCUUAAAGACAAAUGUCUUAUUUCUAUUGAACGUGGAUAUGUUCGGAUGCAUGACUUGCUACAAGAUAUGGGUCGAGAAAUUAUUCGUCUGGAAUCACCCAACGAACCUGGCCAACGUAGUAGAUUGUUUUUCCAUGAAGAUGUCUUCAUGUGUUGGAAGAAAGCAUGUGGACCUAAUUAUCUCUCCAAUGAGUUAAGAGUACUUGAUUGGUUUGAAUAUCCGCUACAAUCUUUGCCACCCAAUUUCCAUGGAAAUAAACUCAUUAUCUUUAAAAUGCGUGGUGGCUUCAUCAAGGAGUUAAGCUUCAUCAAGUUUAAGAAUUUGACAAAUAUGGAUUUCAGUGAUUGUAAUUUCUUGACAAAAGUUCCAGAUGUUUCGAGCAUCCCAAACAUGGAGAAAUUGAUUGCCACAAAUUGUACAAAUUUAGUUGAGGUGCAUGAUUCCGUCGGAUCCCUGGGGAUUCUUUUGCUCUUGAGUUUUUGGGGAUGCUCUAACCUCAGAAUUCUUCCAAGAAGCCUCAAGUUGAGAUCUUUAGAUGUACUUGAACUUUAUGGUUGCUCAAGCCUUCGUAGCUUUCCUGAAAUUGGUUGUGAAAUGAAUUCUUUAACUAGUUUAAAUCUAUCGGGCACUGCAGUGGAAGAACUACCAUUAUCAAUUGACAAUCUUACUAAACUUGAUAAAUUAUAUCUAGAUAAGUGCAAAAACCUUAAGCGUCUCCCAAUUAACAUUAUUCUUCGGUUGCAACAUUUAAGGGAUGUUGGGAUAUUUGUUGGUUGUACAAAUCUAGUAAAGAAGAUGGGGUCUACAACAAUGGAAGAUGAGAUUUCAUCGAAUGAAGAACAACUCCAAGAAUUAGCGCCUCCAACGAAUUCUAGCAAUGGAAGCAGUGCAUUACAAGUACUGUUGAAUCGUCAGAAUUGUUUCCAAUCAGAAUUAAAUUUCUUUCCAAUAUCAAGUUUCUUUACCAUGUUUAAUUCUUCGGCCACUUUGAUUGAUUUAAAUCUAUCAGGAAGUGAAUUUGUUAGCCUUCCCACAAGCAUCAAAGGAUUUGUUGCACUCGGUGGUCUCUACUUGGAGGAUUGCAAAAAACUUAAAGAAAUCUUAGAACUUCCACCAAAUAUAGAUUAUAUAAGUGUUAGGCGAUGCAAGUCGUUAGAAAAAUUUCCAGAAGUAUCAAGAAUAAUGGAAUUCAAUGGAAGCCACAUUAAAUCGCUAGAUUAUAUUGAAUAA